AUGAUUCUUUCUUUUUGGCUAUUUGCUUUGAAUUUAUGGCUAAACUGUUGGUGGACGAUUCCUCAAGACCGUUUUUACCGUGAUUUUAUGAAAUAUGACUUUUUCCAAACUCUUUCUGUUAUUGGUGGACUUCUUUUGGUAAUAUCUUAUGGUCCUGGUGGUGCUUCUUUAGAUGCUUGGAAAAAACGUGAUUAA